AGGGAUAGCAGAAAGCCCGUUGCAGAAGUAAAUACGCGAGAAAUAAUCACCUAUUUAUACUAUUUGAAGCAACAGUUUUCGUGUUUAAAGAUAUGGAGACCGUUUUAUGAAAUAUCUGGUUCAGUUUUGAUUCAUUAAAGACAGUUGUCAAUUUGCAACUGAGAAUUUAGUCUUGAUAAGAUUAACGCGUGUUGUUGGCUGCACCCCGGCUAAUCUCUUAUUUUGUUUUCUUUGUCGUUUUUACGUGACGAUCGCAACAUCAAGCGACAUUCGUGAUUGGGGAGCAUUGAGGAGUGGUACGAAGUCGAUGUUGGGGAAAAUGUUUCAGGGGCAGACAGACUCUGUGCCUUCCCCUGCUCAACCAACAGGUGUCCUAUCAGAGGCCUUGGAGGUCCUUCCUAAGCCUAACAGUGACAGACAGGUGGGACAGAGUGACAGCAUUUCAAAAAUUUCUUCGCCACAACUGAGCAGGAACACAGUUGUAACAGAUGCCGUUCCCUCACCAGCCCGGCCUAGGGAGACUGUUAAUACAGAAUUGGAACAGAAGAUACAGACAGAACAGAAUUUGAAAUCUCCUCUUAAAUCUCCACCAAAAUCCCCACCUAAAUCUCCAGCAAAAACUGAAUCACCAAAUGACAAUAGUGACCAAAAUGAGCCCAAGCGAAGUUCGGGAUUUAGUUCACGACGUCCACACCAUAGGUCCAAAGCCAGCAAUGAACCAAGAUCAAAAACUGUUAUCAGCAUCGUGGGUGGUACAAAUUUCACCAUUGGACCCACAUAUCACCAGUACCAGUAUAUUGUCCGAGGCAAUAAUAAUCAAUAUGAAGAAGGCAUACACCUAAGAAAGAUGGAGAGCCGUAAGAAAGAGUACAAUAAACUCCUGUCAAGCCAAGAUGAACUACUUGAAGAGGAUAUAAUAAUAGUAUCUGAAAGUCUAGAUGAUAGAGGUUUGCGUUCUCUAUUGAGAGAACUUCCACUGGAUGAACAAGAGGCUGACCUAAUUGAGAGAGAAUUUGGAUGUAAAGGUCAUUCUGAGAUUAUUUUCCAGAUUCUCUCACGGUGGAAGUGCCUGAUGUCAGAGGAGGGUCAAAAACCAAGACUCGGAUCGUUUAGUUCGAAGUUAUUGCCUGAAGACGUGUACCGAAAUGGAGGGAAAAAGGCUUUGAAAGGACUACGUCACCUCCAUUCUUCAAACGACUGAGGUUUCCCCCUUUCUCUUCCUUAAAGAAUUGCUGUUUAGCUGUAAGAUCUUAAGGUAGGAUAAGAUAAAACUUGUUUUUUAUAUCAAUAGCUUUGAAUCUUACAGUCCCAACCCUAGACUAGAUUUAAGCAGUAGACAUAUGUCAAGGGACAAAAAUAUUUUAUUGGUUUAAGGAAACUUGUGUGUUGAAACCAACAAGUUGUGCAUGAGUGGUAACACCAGGUAAAUAACAUGAUCUAUAACUAAGCUACCUUCAUAUUGAUUCAGUAUUGGUUACAAUUCUGGAAAUAAAAGUAAAGGUUAUCACAGAUCUCAA